AUGAGUGGUAUCGCGGUACGCUCGGCGCAGGCCAUGGGGAUUCAUCUCCGUGAUGGAAGUUCCAAUACCUCGGAUCUGUCAAAGGAAGCUCGUUAUCGACUAUGGUGGAGUCUUUUCUUAAUGAAUCACCUAGUUUCUGGGAUUAUUGGUCGUCCACCUGGUGUGUAUAGGACAUACUGUGCGACGCCCCUUCCAGUUCCAUACAGAGAGGAAGAAUUUGGAGCGGAGCAUGUCAUUCAACUCCUCACAAGCAGUGAAGCUCGGCGCAUUCUGAUGUCGUCUUUACAAUUUCAACUGCCCAAGAGUGACAGACUGGACAGUCCCAUGAAGGCAAGCCCCAUCCAUUUCGCAUCUAGAGAGGAGAUACGCAAUGAACAGGUUCGGGCUGCUGCGGCACAGUGCCUGUCGAUGAAGGCGUCCCUAUACUUCACAUACGCCAUUGACUUGGCGUCAAUCAUGGAGGAAGCAAUCAGUACGCUGUAUUCCCCAAUAGCCGGUCCGAGGUCGUGGCUUCAAAUCGAACUCGCGACCUCUGCGCUAUAUGAGUUGACGGAACGCUGGCUCUCUCGGCUUCCCGUGUCGUAUCACUUCACAGGCGCUGAAAUAUAUAGACACGAUGUCUUGCAGCACACAAGUCUAGCCUUCCAGUUCUAUUCCACCAAGCUCAUGAUCACUCAACCAUGUCUGCAUCGUGUGAUGUACGCAAUGCCAGAUGAUGGGCCGCCAAGCAAUCUCUGCAGUACAAUGGCCACCACUUGUGUUCAGGCAGCAUGCCAAAUGCUCGAUCUUCUACCAAGUGACCCGGAUACCACCUGGCUUCAUGAAAGCUCUCCGUGGUGGUGUAUGCUUCAUUAUAUCAUGCAAUCAGCUACAGUGCUAAUGAUGAACCUGGUGGUCCGGCCAGAGGAAGGCACAGCUGAAAGUGCCAAUAUUGAUGCUAUGAUCAGAAAGGUCCUUUUGUGGCUGAGCACAAUGGCUAUUAACGAUUCUUCUGCCAUGCGAGCUCGGCUUCUGUGUAUAGAUAUUCUAGCACGACAUGGGUCGAGGCUUGGCAUGGAAGUUGAUGUCGAGCUUUAG